CGAUCACGUCCACAAAGGUGACAACUACUCUAUCCUCCUCUACAACUCCGACGACUGACUUUGCCGCGACCUCUACUAUAACAGAGAGUCCCGAGGAAGACUGGGCCGACGAACUGUCCUCUUCUAGUACUACGAUAUCUACUACGUUAACCACUUCUGAAGAAGGGAUCACGUCGUCAACAAUAACAACUACUCUUUCCUCCUCUACAACUCCGA